AUGAGUCCAUCCGCAAAGAAGAGGCCCAAGAAUAGUGUGGUUUUCAAGAUGCAAGAGGAGAAACUACAGGACAAUAUACAGCAGCCUGUCCACAAGUUAAUUGAGUGGAACCAACUUAAAAUGGUAUUGAAAAACUUGUCAUUCUUGAGACUAUUCAAGAGCUCGAACCCCCGGAUCCAAGAGCUACAUAACCUGGCCAAGAGGUGUUGGAAUUCACCACUCAAAGUUCGGAAGGUCCUCCUGAUCUCUAGGAACAACGCUGUCUGCUACAAAGUGGACCAGGAUACUGAGGAGCUCCAGGAAGCUAGCUGCUCCAAGAAGAAGCGGGAGUCUAAGAUGUUAGAGUCUAUAAAGAAGCCUAAGGAGUCCGAGCCCAAGGUGGGGAGGCGGGAGAGGAGAAAGGUCCGGCAGUCACAUUCAGCAGUGCCAGGGAGAGAACAGGCAGAGCCUGAGGCCCCAAAGACAUCGAGAGAUCAUCGCCUGACCACUUGCCCUGGAGCCUGGGAGAGGCAAAUGCCCACUGGGGACCACAGAGUCGUCUUCCUGAAGACCCACGAUGGGGACAUGGAGCAGCUGGCAGUGGCUGACCAGUGGAUCUGGUUUGAGGGGCUGCCCACGCGGAUCCACCUCCCAGGGCCCCGCGUGAUGUGCAGAUCAUCCACCCUGCGCUGGGUCAAGCGCUGCUGCACCCGCUUCUGCUCUGCAUCGCUGGAGCUGCCCAUGUGCCAUCCAUACAGGGUGUGA